GGCCCCUCCCCCCUGACAAUGGGCGCUCCGGGGAGAUCUCAGUGCGCAACUUUGCGGAAGAUCGGAGCGGAGAUCGCGCGGAGUUGCGGGAGGGAUCGUAUGCAAAUCGGGCGGAUGACGUGCAGAUCAUGUGGCUUUUGGCGUAGAUUCCCCGCUGAUGGUCGGAGGAUUUGUGUCUCCCGAUGGCCGGGGAGGAGAAGGGAGGAUUGUGUGCCGGGUGUCCGAUCUCCGUACAGCCGCAGGUUAUGCUGAGACCAUGGAAUAUCGUGUGACACAUGGAUUAGGGAUCCAUGAUGAGCAAGUUAUGAUCUGAGGCAUAACAAAUUCCAAACCUAUGCAGAUUCGGGAAGUACAAUACAAUUCAUACUGGAUGAUCUGUGGAUUAUAAACGUAUUAAAGUUAUUUUAUUUGUUCAACCUCCUACUGAAGAAGUAGUUAAGGAGCAGCAUGGCUAGCAAGAGAAAGUCUACAACACCAUGCAUGGUCCGGGCUUCUGAGCUUGUAGACCAAGAUGAUCAGGAUAUGGACAUUAUAAGUAAUGCCAAUACACCCAGUCCUGAAAUCGAGAAAGACUGGGCUGGGGACAAGGAAAAGGCUGCUGAGAACAAUGAAGCGGUGGAAAGUAAGCCUCCUGAAAAUCAAUCCAAAAGGCUUCAGGGUGGUUACGAGUGCAAGUAUUGUCCAUACGUAACGCAGAACCUUAAUGAAUUUACUGAACAUGUAGAUAUGCAACACCCAAACGUCAUUCUUAAUCCUCUCUAUGUUUGUGCUGAAUGUAAUUUCACAACAAAAAAAUAUGAUUCUCUAUCCGAGCACAAUUCAAAGAAUCACCCCGGAGAGAGCAACUUCAAAUUAAAACUCAUGAAGCGCAAUAAUCAGACUAUCUUGGAACAAUCCAUCGAGGGUGGUGGUGGUGGUGAUUCUAGCACCCACGACAACACUGAGACUGAUGAUAAUGCGUCAGGCAUAUCAAUUCCUAAAAUGCCCAUUAUGAAGCUUGGAAAAAGCCGAUUGGAUGGAAGGAGGACAUCAAGGAGGAAUGUGGAAUCUUUGCUUGACUUUAAAUUUGGCAUCAGUGCAUCUCUCCCGGAAAUGAACGGCAUUUCUGGGGAUGGUCUAACUCACGUCAUGCCAUCUGUUCAACUUCCACCCAACAUCCACCUUCUUCCAAAAGUUGCGGUGCCCCUGAACAGCAACAAAUAUAACUCGGCGCUUGACACUAAUGUAACUUUGAUCAGUUCAUUUAACAAAUUUCCUUACCCAACACAGGCAGAGCUGUCAUGGUUGACUGCGGCUUCAAAACACCCUGAAGAGCAAAUUAGAAUCUGGUUUGCUACCCAGAGAUUAAAGCAUGGUAUAAGUUGGUCCCCGGAAGAGGUAGAGGAGGCCAGAAAGAAAAUGUUCAAUGGGACUAUUCAGUCUGUUCCCCAGACCUUCACAGUAUUACCAGCCCCCUUAACUACUACGGCUAAAAUUGCACAGCCGAUUAUCCAGACUGCAGUACCGUGUCAAUUCAUCGGUCAGCCCGGUCUAGUUUUCACUCAAGUAACAAAUGCUCCUGUGGUUACGCUUCCUUCAGUCCCUGUUAGUAUUGGCACUACUCCAAGUCAAACCCAGAAACGCACCAUGCAGAGCCCCCAAGAGGCUCCUGAGCCAAAGCGUCAGAGUACCGGACAGGUUCCCUCUCCAUCUACUCACAGGUCACAUUCUGUGUCCUCAAGAAAUGAGCGCAAAAAGACCCAUGAACAGAUAGGGCUUUUGAAAGCUAGUUUUGUGGUGAGCCAGUUCCCUGAUGAUGCCGAAGUUUACAGGUUAAUAGAUGCUACUGGCUUGGCCAGAGGUGAAAUUAAGAAAUGGUUUAGCGACCACAGGUAUAGAAGUCAGAGAGGUCUUGUUAAUAUCACCAGUGAAACCUUAAUCAAAGACCAGCUGUCUGGCCGGACCCGUCGCCCUUAUCAUUACAGGGGUUUGAGCCAAAAGAAUGCACUGACGACAGAGGAUCAAAUUCAAUGUCUUGAAAAUAGUUUUGUGAAAAACCCAUAUCCCACACAAGCGGAAAUUACUUGCUUGCGAUCGGAGGUAAAAAUGUCCAGAAGAGACAUCGAUUUGUGGUUCUCCGAUAGAAGAAAGAUGAAAGAUUCCGUGGAGCAAGAAGUUUUAGACUCUAUGGGCUCUGAAAACGAUGGAUUUAUCAACGGGGCAACGACGCAUUCUGGGGGCUCUUCCCCACAAAUCAAAUCAAGACAGGAGCAGCUCCAUCUCUUAAAAAGUACCUUUGCGAGAACCCAGUGGCCGUCUCCACAGGAGUACGACCAACUAGCAGCACAGACUGGGCUCGUUAGGACGGAAAUUGUAAAAUGGUUUAAGGAUCACCGCUGUGUUCUCCGAACUGGCAGUUUAAGAUGGAUGGAGCAAUACCGCAAAAAUUAUGAACGCUCUUUAGAAGAACGAAAAAGGUUCAUCAAAAUGGUGUCGGCCACAAAGGCAGGCAAAGAGAUUCUAGUGGAGUAUUUCCAGGAAUAUGGCCAGCUGCACGAAGAGGACCUUGAUCUUCUUAUGCUCAAGUCUAAAAUGAAUUCUGAGGAAAUCAAGGUUUGUUUAGGGGAAAUGCAGGAACAAGCGGCUCUAGAUCAGCUUGACAUUGAUCAGGAUGAUAAAUACGAUACGGAGAGUGAACCCAAGGACUGGAACAGGUCAUUACAUGAUGAUGAGGACAUUAUUUCAGAUGGUGGGGACAGCUGGAGCCAUCCUGGACCGGAUACCCUAGAUGACACGGUGGACUAUGAGUAUGAAAAUACUCCCAACGAGGACUCCAACCAGGUGUAAGGGCAAGUGGAGAAGAUCUUGAAUACUGACGAUUAUAGCAGAGAUUUAUUUUCCUACUGUCAAUAAGAAUUCAUGCUGUUGUUGUGUUUUUUUGGAUCGGCCCCCCUGUCCAUGCACUCGUCUUUGUUUAUAAAACUGAAAAGUUCUUUUUUGCCAAAGAACUAAAAUCCUUUCAGACUUUGUACAAUUCUUCCUGCCCAUAUCCUCUUUACUGGAACUGCUUUCAAGUGUGGGAUUCAUUGGAUACGCAAUUUAUUAUAAUUUUUUUUUUUUAUUAUUAAAAUUUGCAUUGUUUAGAAUUAGUAACCACUAAGUUGUCGAAUUUGUUCCUUUUUGUUGUGUAUAUAGAACAUAUAUAUUUAAGUCCUUGUGGAAGAGCCAUGGAAUAAUAACGGGACCACUGCCUUUGUUGGAGUGUCGAGCUGGGUGGGUUCGAUUCUUAGCGGAAGGGGGGGAGGGGGUGCAAAACGUCCAGCUCAAGGAGAGCACCUGAUUUCUUAAUAUCUGCUGUUUUUUUUAUUUUAUUCUAUCAGUAUGAACUGUCUCCUUCUGAAAAACCAACCAUUGGCAUAUCAGGGUUUCCACAUUCAGCCAAUUUAGACACAAACUUAAAAUUUAAAAGGGCUUCCUGUUGUUUUUUUUUCUUUUUUAGGUUUACUUAAUUUGUUCUUCAAGUACUAAAGAGAGACAGUAGUUAAGGAGUCGCUAAUAUUAUGUAUGUGUGGAAUAGUUUAACUUUUCAGAAAGACUAAUUUUUGUUUUUGUAUUUUUGUAAUAUAUAAAAUUGAUCUGAAAGACGUGAGCGUUUUAGGCCUAGGUUAUCCUACCCUGUGAGUGCACUUUCAGAAUAACUUUUUAUUUUCUCAGUUUGGAUCCCUCAUCUCCUAAAUGUAUAUGAUUUAAAAAAAA